AUGAGCAGCAACAAUGCCUACACGAAGCCGCACUCGGACUUCUCCUUCCCCUCCAUGAUCCUCUCCAACUGGAAGGACUUGACGAUCACGUGGGCCGGACCCAGGGACAACCCGAACCAGAAGCCCAUGCGCUCGCCGGGCGUCACAGGCAUGCGGCGCGCCGAGAACAACUGGGCCAAGUCGGCCAUCUCCGAAGAGAGCUUCGCCAUGCGCGUCAACGGCACCCUCUACGGCGACCCUAGCCUCUGGGACGGUCGAGUGUUCCUGAAGGAGACGGGUGAGUUCGAGAACCACAUCGACACCUACGACGGCAAGCCGCUGCCGUUCACCAUGAAGCGGUCCUACUACAUGCCUCCCCAGGAGGAGUUCUACAUCGUCCACUACAGCGUCUCGCUCCCCCAGUCCUCCAAGGGGCCGUCCACCGCCGAUGUGCAGCUGCUCGACUAUGUGGUGACGGAGAAGAACGCGGACGCGCCGCAGGUGAAGCAGUGGGGCUGGUUCAACACGUACGAGAGCGUCCCGCUGUGGAUGGUGGACGAGACCAAGAGCGGCCAGGGCUACUUCACGAUGGGCACGUGGGACGCCAACGCCGUGUCGUCGUACCAGGUCGGGCAGGCCACCGAUGCCACGUCGCCGCUGUCGCAGUUCAUCCACAAGGAGGGCCACCUGGGCAAGGAGCUCGUGGCCGAGGAGCUGCAGGUGUCGCUCGGCCUGGUCGUCAGCGAGACCCUGGCGGCCGGCCAGGAAGACAGACGCCGGCUCGACGGCCUCUACGAGUGCAUCCUAUGCGCGUGCUGCUCCACCUCGUGCCCGUCCUACUGGUGGGAGGGCGCCCAGGAUGACAAGUUCCUCGGUCCUGCUGCUCUGCUGAACGCGCACCGCUGGAUCUCUGACACCCGCGACGACUUCCAGGCAGACAGGCUACGCCAGUUGGCAGAGGCCGACCUGAAAGUCUACGGCUGCCACCAGAUCAUGAACUGUGCGGUGGUGUGUCCCAAGAAUCUCAACCCGGGCCUAUCGAUCGCCCGCAUGAAAGACCUCUCGGUCCAGGUGGCCGACCUGGACAAGAAGCUGGAGGACAAGGCUGCCAUCGAGCUCGCCAUCCGCAAGCGCAUGCACCACAUGCCGCCUGUCGCAGGAGUCUAG